GAAACAAGGCGACAAAAGUCGCUACCUUUAACGCUUUCCCAUCGUCCUUAAGUGCUUCUCUGUUCUUUCUUUCUGGCACCCACCACAUACUUUACCCUCUCCAGCAGAAGAUCUCAUCACCCACUUCAAACCCUAUAACAUCAAUCACACUCCACAACCAUACUAAAUCUCUAAAGCCUGCUCCUUUAAUGGCGAGCUUGAUUCUCUCCAGGUCAUUUCUCGUUCUCCUCCUGCCUUUAACCUCACUCUUCUCCACAGUCUCCAUAUCUGAAGCUACAUCAUCCUUCUCCUUCACAAGCUUCGAUAAAAACGCGAGCUUUCAGUCCGACGAUAUUGCCCUAUACGGCGACGCAAAGCUCGUCUACGGCGGAGCUUCGAUUCAACUGGCUGACUCAGUGAAUCGCAUCGACGGUGGAGUCGUUUACAAGAAACCCAUUGAGUCCAAAGACACUAAAGCCGACUACUUCACUGGUUUCUCUACUGUCUUCUCUUUCUCCAUGACUCCUGGUCGUGGCGGGAGUGUAGGUUUUGUCGUGUUUCCUUCUAACGGAACACUUGAUCACUCUUUCUUCGAAGUCAAGUUCGACAUUUCUGAUAAUUUCACCAAGUUUAGAGACUCCAACGUCACUGUCGGGAUAUAUGGUUCUACGGUUUCUAAGAAGACGAGCAAUCUCACGGUUGUUAACUCCAAGGAGGAUGAGGAGGAGGAGAUGUUGUUGUACGUCUGGAUUACUUAUCAAGCGAAUACCAGGUACUUAGAUGCUUCGUUAACCAAAUCAAAACACUAUAAAUAUCCAAAGACUCGGUUCAGUUCUCGGAUUGAUUCGUUGAAAGACGAGGACGAGUUCAUGGUCGGUGUUAAGUCGUAUACCGGGAGCUUUAACCUCCAUUCUUGGAGAUUACAAGCGGGACACUUCUCUAGGACUAUACACUCGUACGCGGUGCUUCUCGAGUCUAAGCAUAGAUGGGAGGAGGAGGUGGAGAAGAGGAGAAGAGAGAAGAUGUGGGGGACUGUGACUUGCUUCGUCAUGACCUUUGGAUCUAUAGGGCUUGUGUUCUUCGCCAUGAUGAGUGUAUGGGCAGCUUUCAGAAGGAACUAUCUUGCGGCGGUGGUGGUGCCUGAGGAAUGUGGGCAGAAGACUAAGGAGUACGAAAAGAUGGAGAAAGUUGAAGUUGUGACGAGUAAAGCUGAGGCGCAACAAGGAAAGUGAAGUAAAAGCUGGUGGUGUUUGUGCGUUUAGAAUAUUUAUGUAAUAAAGUAGAUUUCUUCAAGUGUAAUGGUGACUACUGACUAGUAAUCCAUAAAAGGUUCGGCAUCAUGUGUGUAAGCUUUGCAGCA